AUGCUGUCUCAAAGAAGUCGUAGGGAAGAAUCAUUGGAAGAGUAUUUUUAUGACAAAGCUAAAUUAGUCAGUAAUUGCAAAAUAAAAGGAAAAUCGGCAGUUGACUGUAUAAUACAUGGCAUUUUUGAUCAUAAUGUAAAACUAAAUGCCCAAGGUGCUAAUUUUAAAACUCCAGACAAACUCCUUAAAUAUUUGCGCAGUAUUUCAAUUAAAAACUUCAGCAAAGACUUCAAGAAGCACACUUUUACAUUAAGAGCUCCCUCAAGUUCUAUAAAAAGAACUGAAAGAAGUAAAGAUAAUAGACUAUCUAAUGCAACAGCUAUGACUCGCACUUGCUAUAAUUGCUCUGAGCUAGGACACAUUGCACCUAAAUGCCACAAGGAAAUUCAAAAAUGCUUAAAAUGUAAUCGCUUAGGACAUAAGGCUGAAUACUGUAGACGUGACUUCAACAUAGAGAACAAGAGAUUAAAUGUAAAUGCAGACGGUAAUGUAAACAAGGUGCAAUGUAUUACAGCUCAGGACGAAACACGAGAAAAUAAUAUAUAUCAUAAAAUUGUGAAAGUAAACAAUACACCAAUAACUACAUUUGUAGAUUUUGGAAGCCAGUGUACAAUCAUUAAAAAUAGUAUAGCUAAAGAACUGAAUUUACUUAUAAAUUGUGAUACUUUGCCACUUAUAAGAGGAUUUGCUUUCGGUACAUUAACACCUAUAGGAAGAGUAAAAAUAAAUAUUUGUAUAGACUUUGUUGAUGUAAAUAUUGAAGCUUUUGUGGUGCCAGAUGAGUUUUUGAACACCGAUAUGUUACUGGGACAAAAUGUCACAGAGAUGUCUGAUGUUGUUGUCUUUAAGACUAUUUCAAGUUUAAUACUUUAUUCAUAUAAAGCAGAGGCGGAUAAAAUAAAGCUAUUUAUUCUAGAAGAUACUAUUGUUAGGGGUAUGCAUAUAGUCAAAGUAUGUUGCGAUAUAAAAUACACGGGGCACAUAUAUUUACCUGGUAAUACCUGCUUUAAGGAUGGAGAAGAAAUAAUUACUCUACCAGGAGUGUAUGCCGUAAGAGAAAAUCUGGGUUAUAUUCCCGUCAUAUGCUUCACCAAUAAAGAUGUCUUACUAAAGAAAGGUAGACUUCUCGCACGGGUUCACAUACUUCACGGACAGCCCGAUGCAUUACCUACAGAGCCACCAACUGAACUGCAGAUAAAUAAAAUGAAUUCUAUUGACCGGUUAAAAACCUCAGGCGAUAAUGUGAUAACUAUCGAAAUGUUAAACAUUGGCAGUGAUUUAACACAGAUGCAGGAAGAUGAACUCAUGACUAUGGUAAACGAAUUUCGAGACUGUUUUGCGUUAAACUUGCAUGAACUAGGGAUGACGGACAUAACUGAAAUGCACAUACAAUUACAUGACGAUACACCAGUAUCAUAUAAACCCUACAGAUUACCUUAUAGUGAAAGAUUAGUUGUACGCGACAUAGUAAACGAAUUAUUAGACGCCAAAAUAAUCCGUGAUUCCAACUCAUCCUAUGCCAGCCCUAUAGUACUUGUUAAGAAAAAAAAUGGAGAACACCGUUUGUGCGUCGACUAUCGAGCGCUCAAUAAGAAAACCAUAAAAGACUCAUAUCCAAUGCCAGUUAUUGACGAUCAAUUAGACCGUCUUAGCGGUAAAGUGUAUUUUACAAGUCUCGAUCUUAAGUCGGGGUACUACCAAAUACCGAUGGCCGAGGGGUCUAGACACUUAACGGCAUUUGUAACUCCAAACGGGCAUUACGAAUAUACACGUAUGCCGUUUGGUCUCGUCAAUGCACCUGCCGUAUUUCAACACAUGGUUAACAAAGCACUCGGAAAAGAUAGAUACGACUUGGCUAUCCCUUAUAUGGAUGACUUGCUCUCUCCUGCAACAACCAUUGACGAAGGGUUAGCAAAAGUGCGCAAAAUUUUGAUAUCGUUACGUAGAGCUGGCUUGACUUUGAAUAUAAAAAAAUGUUAUUUCUUCAAAAGAGAACUAGAUUAUUUAGGAUACGAGGUAUCUUGCGAAGGCCUGCGACCAGGUAGUAAGAAAACUGAAGCUGUAGCUUCUUUCCCUACUCCUACAAAUGUACAUCAAGUCAGGCAAUUUGUAGGACUAGCUAGUUUUUUUCGAAGGUUUAUUAUCGGAUUCGCAAGUAUUGUUAAACCAUUAACAACCCUUACCAAAACUAAUGUUGCAUGGAAAUGGGGAGAAGAGCAAGAGACAGCUGUUCAAAUUAUCAAAUCCAAAUUAGUUGAGAGACCAAUAUUGGCACUAUAUAACCCUGCAUAUUUAACAGAGGUACAUUGCGAUGCAAGUAAGUUAGGCGUUGGUGGCAUCAUAUUGCAGAAGCAGAACGAGAACCUACCACUCAAGCCGGUCGCAUAUUUUAGCAAACAGACCACCAAGGACGAGGAGCAUUUACACUCUUACGAGUUAGAAACACUCGCCGUUGUUUUGUCAUUAAAGAAAUUUCGUAAAUAUUUAAUAGGGAUUCCUUUUAAGGUGUAUACAGAUUGUAAUGUUCUAAGGACAACGUUAACAAAAAGGGACUUAAUUCCUCGUAUAGCCAGGUGGUGGUUGUUGUUACAGGAAUAUAAUUUUAGUAUUGAGUAUAGACCAGGUGAAAGCAUGAGACACGUCGAUGCUUUAAGCCGAAACCCUAUCCAAGGAACAAAUGUGAAUGAUUGGGAUGAUAUUAGUGCUUUUGAAGUUAUGAAUAUUACAACUACGGAAUGGCUACAAUCAGUUCAAAUGACAGACCCAAAACUUAAAUUAGUGAAAGCAAUUCUAGAUAGUGACAGCAAAGAUAUCAAAGACAUAAUAGAUAAUUACGUAGUAAAGGAUGCUAAAAUCUACAGGAAGGUAGGCGAUGCAUUAAAAUGGGUAGUGCCAAAUAACGCCAGAUGGCGUGUUUGCCAACUUAACCAUGAUGAAGCAGGUCAUUUCUCCUAUGAUAAGACUUUGCAUAAAAUAAAGCAUGAUUACUGGUUCCCUAAAAUGAACCGAUUUGUCCGGAAAUAUGUUGCAGCAUGUCUUAAUUGUCAAUAUAAUAAGGCAUCGACUUCAAAACGAAGCGGUUUUUUGCAUCCCAUACCCAAAGGUAAUGUUCCAUUUCAAACAUUACACAUGGACCACUUGGGACCAUUUGUUAGAAGUAAAUGCGGAAAUACGUAUUUACUGGGUAUUAUCGAUGGAUUUAGUAAAUUUAUUUUCAUUAGAGCCGUUAAAAACCUAAAAAGUAAGACGACGGUUAAGAUCUUGACCGAUAUAUUUGGCGUUAUAGGUAGUCCAAAAGUAAUAAUUUCGGACAGAGGGACUAGCUUCACAUCGACAACAUUUAAAAAUUUCGUGAAUUCCAUUGGUGCAAGACACGUUCUAAAUGCGGUUGCAACACCUCGCGCUAAUGGACAGAUCGAACGGUACAAUCGUACUAUACUGGAAUCAUUAGCAGCAUCAAAUUACGGUUUAGACGAACGGGACUGGGACACUCACAUUAACAAAGUUCAAUGGAGUUUAAACAAUACGCGUAACAAGAGUACUGGUGCUACUCCGUCCGAGGUAGUUUUCGGGCGAAACACCAUGAACCCAAGUGAAGGACCUAUUCUAAAUGCCGUUCAGGAUGUGAACUCAAACACUCAUAAUAAUCAGUCAGAAAAUGAACUAAAUAAUACUAGAGACACCAUUCGUAACCUAGUUGUAGAAAGAACGAAAUCUAAUCAGCAUGCCAUGAAGAAAUAUUACGAUACAAAAAAGGCACCAACUCAAUUCUUUUCAGUAGGUGACCUUGUAAUGAUUCCAAACUAUCACAUUCCUGCGAAUGGUAAAAGUAAGAAGUUACACCCAAAAUAUAGAGGACCUUUCAGAAUUAAUGCUGUACUUGACAAUGACCGGUACGAGAUUGUUAGCAUAGAUGGAUAUUCCAAACGCAAAUAUAAAAGCGUUUAUGCCGCAGACGCGUUGAAGAAGUGGAUCACUUUUACAGCUGAUAGCAGUGAUCAUGGUGCUAAAAUAAAUUCUAAUGACUCUAGCGAGGACAGUACUCAAUCUGUCAAUAAUUAG